AUGAACGGUAAUGUGAAUCCAUCUGGAAAAGUGCGAAGAUGUCGAAUUUCACGAAACAAAAAGCGAUACUGGAAAAAGGGUACAGAAAUCCAAGAUGCGGAGGAUUUUCUCUGUGGAAUUCAGAGUGAUGCUAUUAAAGAAGUGGAGGAAAAUGUUUCUAAACGGCAUCUGAGAAAGUCGCUUCUGAAAAAAUCGAAAAUGCCGGUCAAAACCAAAGCUAGUUCUUCAGAAAGUACGGCAAUCGAGGAUCGAAAACCUUAUGAUCUUUGGGGCCCACACUUACAAAAGGAAAUGUCGGUAGCAGAGAACUACUACCUUCUAACUACCAAAAAAAAGCCGCCAAAGGAACCGAGAACUUUGAGGCAUAUAGCGAGCAUAUUACAGCAUGUGGAAAUUGCCCCGACGGGUGCCUCAUAUAAUCCGCCUGUGUCUAAAUAUUUGGAUUAUGUUACCGGAGUAGCCGAAGAAGAAAAGAAAAAAAUUAAAGAAAGUGAAAAGCUGGAGCGUGAGCUUGCACUACUUAAAGGGAAAUGUGCCACGCAAGAAGAAAUAGAAUUGGAAUUAAGGGCAGGUCUUGACGGUGGUGAUGAUUACGAUGACGAAAUUCUAAUUGAUGAAAAUGAAAUAGAACAGAACGACUGUGGAGAAAAAAGGCCAAUCAUUAAGCGAAAAAAAAAGAAAACUCGAUAUUUGGAAUACAUGGAACGAAAACGGAAAGAAACUGAAAAUAUAUCUGCAUUCCAAAAAGAACAGAUGCACCUUAUUUAUUCAGCUCGGAAAUUGAACAAAGAAAUUAGUAAAGAAAUACAAAAACGUAUGGAAUUUGCGAAGAAACGGAAAGAGCACAAACUGAUGAAAAAAUUUGCCGGUACACAACGUUUGGGUCGCGGGAAGUUUGAACCGUGUGAGGAGCCUGUUUUAUUAACUGAAGAAUUGCCUGGUUCUUUGCGGGAAUUAAAGCCGCAGGGCAGUAUUUUGACAGAACGCUUGAAGAGUUUGCAAAAAAGGAAUAUGCUGUCGAUACCCGGAGAAAAGCGACAUAGGAGAAAAUUAAAAAACAAGUUGCGAAUUAAAGAAAGAGAAGACAGGAAACAUCAAGAAGUGAAACUUGGUACGCAUUUGAUAUGA